CGGUUAUUCAUAUAUUUCUCUCUGCCAGAUUUUCAUUACCAUCUUUGAUCAUAGUUCCUUGGGGAGGUCUCGGAAUUCAACCCGUGUUCUUCCUCCUCUUGGGACUUUUACAAUGGCGUCAGAGAGUUUUGUUGAUAAAAAUGCUGUUUUCAAGAAAUUGAAAGCAAAAUCAGAGAACAAGAUGUGUUUUGAUUGCAAUGCCAAGAAUCCAACUUGGGCCUCAGUUACAUAUGGGAUUUUUCUGUGUAUUGAUUGCUCAGCAACUCAUAGGAGCCUUGGUGUUCAUAUCAGCUUUGUCAGGUCAACUAAUUUAGACUCAUGGACUUCAGAUCAGUUAAAAAUGAUGGCAUUUGGUGGUAAUAAUCGUGCUCAAGUUUUCUUCAAACAACAUGGUUGGACUGAUGGAGGCAAGACUGAGGCUAAGUACACAUCAAGGGCUGCUGAAUUAUACAAGCAACUGCUUUUGAAGGAAGUUGCUAAAAGUUCUAAAGAGGGGACUAGUUUACCGACGUCUCCAGUUGGUCCUCAGUCAGUACAAGCUGUUAAUGGUUUUCCUGAUACCAAAGUCCAGGAAUCCUUAAACGGAAAUUCUUCAGAAAAUAAAGAAACUCCUGAUGUGACCUCUUCGCCCAGAGCCAGAGCACCUCAUUCAGUUCUUACCAGUUCAGUGAAGAAGCCUCUUGGUGCCAAAAAAACUGGGAAGACUGGCGGGCUCGGUGCUCGAAAGCUUAGCUCUAAGCCUAGUGAGAGUCUUUAUGACCAGAAACCUGAAGCAGCACCUGUACAAGUUUCCACAUCGAUAAGUAGCACCCCAGCAGUUAAGACUUCUUUGACGUCUCGCUUUGAAUAUGUAGAUAACACCCAAGUGGCAGCACAUAAGGGUCCUGGAGGGAACCAAGUUGUCAGUCAUGUAACCGUGCCAGCAUCAUCAAGCUUUUUCUCUGAUUAUGGUAUGGAAAAUGGAAUCCAUAAGAAGCCUAGCUCAUCAUAUAAAGUUGAAGUCAAAGAAAGUGAUGAGGCGAGGAAGAAGUUCUCGAAUGCAAAAUCGAUUUCAUCAUCACAAUUUUUUGGGGAUCAAAACAAAGGGUUUGACCAUCAAGUUUCCCUGAAGAAGUUCUCUGGUUCCACAGCUAUAUCAAGUGCAGAUCUUUUUGGUAAGAAUGGAAAUGACUUAGGUAUUGAUAUUUCAGCAAGCGACCUUAUUAACCGGCUGUCUUUUCAGGCACAUCAAGAUCUCUCUUCCCUUAAGAGUAUUGCUGGAGAAACUGGGAAAAAGCUCACCUCCAUUGUGUCGUCAAUUUAUUAUGAUGAAUAUUCAGGAAACCCUAAUUUUUAUUUCUGUUUCUCAAAAUUCUCCAAUUCAAUGGACACCCACCUCGAAAACAGUGAAGAUGAUCACAGCACGUCUCCCGAUUCAGUUGAUUAUGAACAUUCUUCGAGUGAUGAUUCGCCAGAAACCCCAGAUGAUGAUGAUGAUUUUGAUGACUCAUUUUCAGUUCCUGAGGUGUAUAUUGAUGCUAAUGAUUUGGGUGAUCCUUCUGAUGAUUCUUUAUGGGGUGAUACUAAAUCGUGUGAAGAUGGUGAUGAUGAUGGGAAUCUAAUUUGUCCAUCACCCAUUAAUAGUUAUUCGGUGUAUUCGUAUAGGCCUCUGAGUUAUAGGUGGGGUCAACCUUGGUCUGCAUUUGAUUACCGGCCCUGGAAUUCGUUUUCCCCGGUUUGGUUCGACGAAAAGCCGUCUUUGGUGGGCGCAGGGCUGGCGAAUUUGGGAAAUACUUGUUUUCUUAAUGCGAUUGUGCAAUGCUUUACACAUACUGUUCGGUUAGUUGAGGGUGUUCGAACUUAUGAUCAUGUUACGCCUUGCGACCGUCAUAUUAAUGGGAUCUGUUUAAUCUGCGCUUUCCGAGGUCAUGUUGAAAUUUCAUUGAGUUCUACGGGAAGUGUGGUUUCCCCUUGGAAACUUGUUGACAACUUGAGUUAUUUUUCUUCUAGUUUCCAGAGAUAUCAGCAGGAGGAUGCUCAUGAAUUCCUGCAGUGCUUUCUUGACAGACUUGAGAGCUCUUCUAGUGAUUCUAUGUUUAAGGAGAUGAUCCCGGGUGAAAAGAAAGAUAAUUUUGUCAAACAGGCUUUCGGUGGCCGUCUUGUUAGCAAACUUAGGUGUUGCAAUUGUGGUCAUGUGUCUGAUACUUAUGAGCCUUCAAUUGAUUUGAGCCUGGAGAUUAAAGAUGUAACCACCCUCGAGGCUGCUCUUGAAUCAUUUACAAAGCUCGAAAGAAUUGAAGAUCCAGAAACAAAGUUUACGUGUGAAAACUGCAAGGAAGAAGUGUCGAUCGAGAAGCAGCUUUUAUUAGACGAGACUCCUUCAAUUGCUGCUUUCCACUUAAAGAGAUUCAAGAAUGAUGGCUCAUAUAUUGAGAAAAUUGAAACGUUUGUAGGGUUUCCACUGGCAUUGGACUUGCAGCCCUACACUAACAGCAGUCAAAACAGUGAUGCUGAACUGAGAUAUGAACUAUAUGCAAUUGUUGUGCACAAUGGAUUCUCUGCUACUUCUGGGCAUUAUUACUGUUUCAUUCGUUCUGCCCCAGACACCUGGUACAAGUUUGAUGACUCGACGGUUGUGCGGGUUCAAGAAAAUUUUGUUCUUGUGCAAGAUGCUUAUAUAUUGUUCUACGCAAAGCAGGGGACACCAUGGUUUUCUACUUACUUGGAAAAUAUAAAGCCAUUCUUAAAUCCACACUGUUCCAACACUUCACCGAAGUCAGUGUUAGAUAAUGUAGACAACCGUACAUCAUAUCCCAAUCAUGCUACUAAUUGUCAUUAUGAUGUUAAUGGAACCAGUGAUGGUGCUCCUGAUAAUUUUUUGGAGUCUCCUAGUGGAUCAAAGGAUGACCCGGUCAAUGGCAUUAACUACAAAGAUGAUUCACAGCAAAUGAGUACUCUAUUGCCACUUGGGGCCACUUCUCCCACUGAUACCUCGGUUGAUGCAAUUAAGGACAGAACUGUUACACCUGAAGUGACCACUACAUCACCAUCUGGAAUAAUUAUAUCCUUGAAGGAUAACUGUGAUGGGAUGAGAGCAAUUUCACCCUCAGUUCUUCAACAACACAGCUCAAAUCCAGAUGAUAUCAAAAGCAAUGAUGAUAACCCUCAAACACCACCAAGAUCUUCUACUGCAGAUAUAAACAGAGAUGAGUCAGCAGAUGUGAAGUUGUACGAGAAUACAGAUCAUCAGCAGUUAGUAAACCAGGUCUCUGCAAAAAAGCAGUCACAAAAUGAGCUUGAAAGUUCAGAAGCACAGAGAUUGUUGAGAACAUGUCCUGAUGCAAGGAGAAAAUCAUUGUCGGCAGCCAUCGCUGGGUCACUUAGUGAAGAUUCACUUAUGAAUAAACGGAGAAAAGUAAUGGAAGUGAGUCCAAAUAAAGAUGACAGUCCUUCAACUGCCAACAGAAAGGCUAGCCUUCGGUCAUUAGCACGACCUUUGGCUGCAGGAUUGUUUCGCUGAUUUGGCACAUUCGUGGAUAUAUAUACUUUUUUGUCUCAUUUGGAUGUGUAGAUGAUAUUAAAAUGUCCAUGAGAAAUCAUUAUAGAACCAGCAGAAUAGCUUUCUUUUAAACUCAAAUACAUGUCGGCUUAUUUUGCAUCCAUUGUUGCAGACUUAAGUUUCUUAAAUUUGGGUUGGUAGUGGUACUCUUUUGGGUUGUAAAGUUUGGUAUAGAAUUUUGUUGGGUAUGUUAUUCGAGCAGGAAAUUUUAAGCUUUAGACCAGAAACUAGAUCUCCUUUCAUUUGCAGGAUUUUUUAAAUGUAAAUGUUGACUUGGUGAAAGAAUUACAAGAAAGCCUAUUUCAUUUACCGGCCAGAA